AUGUCCAUGUCACGGUUUCUUCCAAAAUCAGCCAUUCGGGCGGCUUCUACCUCCUCCGCAACUCAGACCAAGGCGGCGGGUGAUAUCUCGAGCGUUUUCCCCAGCUUGAGACCCGAUUACAAGCCAGAGCCUCUGCCUCCUCGGUUCAGGGAUCUGAAGUUGCAGUACUUUGAGAAACACGAGAAGGCUCUGACAGACAGCUGGAACCGGCUGCUUCCCAGCUUGGAGGAGGAAGUGCAGAAAAUCAAGACGAAAGGAAGUGACAUUAUCCCAUCUGUGGAAUAUUCAGAUGUUGUCGCUGGCACCGUGCCGGAUAAAGUUCUAGCAGAAGUCCGUCACCGUGGAUCCGUGGUGAUCAGAAAUGUACUCCCGCGCAAAGAGGCGAGGGCGUACAAAGACCGCAUCGAGGAGUACGUGGCGGCAAACCAGGAGCGUGUGAAAGCGUUUCCUCCCGACGCGCCUUCAGUGUAUGAGCUCUACUGGACGCCUUCUCAGGCAGAAGCACGAGCCCAUCCCAACAUGCUUGGUACCCAGCGCUUCCUGCAGCGUCUCUGGCACUCCUCCGAUCCUCGCACGGCAAUCUCCACUCGGAACCCUCUUACCUACGCUGAUCGUCUGCGGAUCAGACAGCCUGGUGAUGCAAAGUUCACUCUGGGCCCUCAUAUCGAUGGCGGUUCGCUCGAGCGCUGGGAAGACCCUGAGUACUCCCGCGUCUAUUCGAAGAUCCUCGAGGGCAAGUGGGAGGAGGGCUGGAUGUCGAUGUCCCAUACUGCUCCUGGUGAAGGUUCUCUGCACGUUUGCCCCAUGCUGAUCCACAGUACGGCGUAUACCAUCCUGCGCCCCUUCUUUGACCCCAAGACCUCGAAGCCUCUUCUUGACAACACCUUCCCUGGCGCCGUCCCUGGCACUUGCCAGGAGUACAAUCCCGUCACGCAUCCUCACAUGGAUCUUGAGACAACCAUGGUAUCAGUUCCUGAGGUUGAGCCAGGUGACUACGUCGCCUGGCACUGCGACUCGCUCCACUCAGUCGACAAGGAGCACCGGGGCAAGGGCGACUCGAGUGUGCUGUAUAUUCCCGCCACUCCUAUGUGCGACAUGAACGUCGAGUACCUGAUUAAGCAGCGUAAAGCCGCCUUGGAGUACUCCCCACCAUGGGACUUCCCCGGCGCUGGUGGUCCGGGUGAGUCUGGCUUCAAGGGGGCGCUGGAUUGGAACUUGAUCAACCCCGAUGGCCAGCGCGCCAUGGGCUUGGGUAGCAAACUUUGGGAGGUCACUCCGGAUAUGAGCGAAGGUGAAAAACGGGUUGUCGAAGCUGCCAACAAGGCAUGCUUCGGACAGGCUUGA